UGCCCUGUCCCCGGGUGCAACUCUCAAUUUACUCGGCAGUUUAACCUACGCUCCCACUUGCGCUCACACGCGGACGAGCGACCCUUUAAGUGUCCAGCACCUGGUUGCGGAAAGGCUUUUGCGCGCGCGCAUGACGCCAAGAGGCAUCACGAAACGCUGCACUUGAGCGUAAGGAAGCAUGUUUGUGAGGGAUGCGGGAGGCAGUUUGCCCGCUUGGACGCGCUGAAUCGUCAU